CCGGAAGUAGCGGAAGUUAACAGAGCAGUUGUUAGCGGUUCUGUGAGGAAGAUGUCUCAUGUUGUGAAGAAGAGAAAAUUGGACAAAAACCGUCAAGAUAGACUUUAUUUCAACAGCUACACAGAUGUGACCAUCCAUGAGGAGAUGAUCGCCGACUACCAGCGGACCAACACGUACCGGACAGCGAUCCUGAGGAACACCGAGCUAAUCCGGGGGAAGGUUGUGCUGGACGUCGGUGCGGGAACCGGCGUUUUGAGCAUCUUCUGCGCACAGGCCGGAGCCAAGAAGGUGUACGCCGUCGAGGCGUGCUCCAUCGCGGAGCAGGCGGCGAGGAUAGUCCGCCAGAACAACCUGCAGGACCGCGUGGAGGUGAUCCGGGGCACGCUGGAGACCGCGGAGCUGCCGGAGCAAGUGGAUGUGAUCGUGAGCGAGUGGAUGGGCUACGCGCUCCUCCACGAGUCCAUGCUCAACUCGGUGCUGUACGCGCGGGACAAGUGGCUGAAGCCAGGCGGCCUCAUCCUGCCCAACAGAGCCGAGCUGUUCAUCGCGCCGAUCAACGACCCGGUGGUGGAGGACCGGCUGAACUUCUGGUACACGGUCGAAGAGCAGUACGGCGUGGACAUGUCCUGCAUGAGCAACUUCGCCCAGCGGUGCAUCAUGAACUCUGAGAUCACGAUGAACACGGUGUCGGGGCAGGACGUGCUCUCGCACCCGGCGCGCUUCGCCGAGCUGGACCUGCACACCGUGACCGUGGAGGAGCUGCGGUCGGUGCGGGGCCCGUUCCGGUGCGAGGCGUUCGGCUCCGCGUCUCUUGGCGCCUUCUGCGUGUUCUUCACGGUGACCUUCCCGUGCCCGGACAACAAGCCGCUGGUGCUCUCCACGUCCCCGUUCAUGCCCGAGACGCACUGGAAGCAGGCGGUGCUGUACCUGGACGCUCCGGUGGAGGUGGUGCAGGACACGGUGGUUGAAGGCGAGAUCUGCUUGUUUCCCUCGGAGGAGAGCUCCAGACACGUAUGCAUCCACGUGGACUUCACUAUAGGAGAGGAGAAGAAACAGGGCAAGACCUUCUCCAUCUCGGACUGGAGCGCCGAGGCCCAGUCAUAAGACUGUAGUUUACUGGUUAGUCUCUGUGGGUUUACAGACGAAGGGGACCGGUGUGGUCAUCUGUUAUUACUGUCAUGUAAAACCGUUAGAUCCCGUCUGGUGCAGGGGGAUGAAUGAAGGGGCUGCAGCAGACACCCUGACCCACAGGCCUCAUCCAUACUACUACCUCUUUGUUUGAAAACGCAUCAGCUCUGCCAGGGUCCACACUCCUCCAACAGUUUAGGAAAUGCUGCAAUCCAAGCUGCUGCUAACCCUGUUGUGACGUUAACUUCUGCAUUUUAAUAUGAUACUUCUUCUUUACGUGCUUUUAUUUGAGCAAUUCCCAUUUACAACAGCACACGCAUCCCCAGUGUAACACGUGUGAUGUGCGUUCUCAGGCAUGUUGGUAUUAACGGGGAUUAAAGCUGUUACGGAUCGGAAACGCUUGUGUGGACAGGGAUCGUUUUUGUUUGUAAAUGCAGUUUUCCAAUGGAGAUGUCGUGGUUAUGGAUGGACCCACAGACUCAUGCAGCAGCUACUGUCACCUAACCUGUGAACUGCAGCACACGCAGUUGAAUUGAAGCUUCGAUGUUGUGUUUCUGCCUAAUAAAUAAUUUGACACCUAAACUGCUAAACUUCUCGACAACCUUUCUACGCCUUUUUAUUUUUAUAAACUUCACUCAGCCACACAGAAGUGUUUGUAUUCCUCAUACGUCCAUUUUCAUGUCACAACACUGCAGUCGUUCAGGGGCUGAGCAUCUUUGUAUUCAGGUCACGGCGCAAACAGCAUUUGAAAACCGAAUUUAAAGCGUCACAUUGGAGACUUACACCCGCCCUGAACAUCAGACGAGUGGAGUGGAUGUAGGUGGGUGAGGAGCGAGUGCGGGUUUCCCAAAGCCGCCGAAUAAAUUCCACGCCACGCCGCAGACUUCUGACAUUCUAAUACAUUCAUUCAUGCAUAUGGUGUAGAAUCUGAUCCAAGAACUGCAUUCGGAUGAGGAUUAAAACAAUAUAUUGACUUGGAGCAUCGCACAGGAGGUGCCUGACUUUGACUGCUGUUCAGCUUCUCUUUUUAAUUCACAAUUUGGCUCAUCGGUUUAGUUUAGAACACACACACACAUCUGCAGACUGAAACUUCUGAUGACAAAAAAAAAAUUGUAGUGUGUAAGUGUUUUCUCCAGCCAUAGUAGGCACUACUACCAGGCAGCUGUAAUUAACCAGUUUUAAUAAAAAAAAUAAAAAUAAAAGUUAAAAUUUCACAGCUUAAUGGAAACAUUUAAUGAUGAAUCAGUGAUAAUUGGCCAAACUGUGGAAUCUGGUCCCCGUUCAGACGCUGAUUCAAACCUCCGAGUCAAAGCACGGUGCGUUUGGGCAUCUUUGCUGCAUCGCACUGUUUUGUUAGAGAAAAAGUAAAAGAUCAAUAUUUUGUUUUAUCAUCUGUGUUCAUUAUGGAACAAGUGGGAACAAAGAUGCAAUAAAUACUUCCACUUUU